GUUGCAUUCCAAAGGUUCCCUAUCUGCAGCCUCAAUAGAAUUAAAAAAAUAUUUAUUUAUUUAUUUAUUUUUGGCUGCACUGGACCUUUCCUGCUGUUCGGGCUUUCUUCUAGUUGCAGAGAGUGGGGGCAGUGUUUGUGGGGGCUACUCUCUAGUGGUGCUUCUCAUUGCAGUGGCUUCUCGUUGGAGAGUACAGGGUCAGUAAUUGUGGCGCACAGGCCCAGUUGCCCUGCAGCAUGUGGAGUCUCCCAGACCAGGGAUUGAGCCUGUGUCCCCUGCGCUGGCAGGCAGAUUCUCAACCACUGGAUCACCAGGAAAGUCUGCCUCAGUGGAGUUUUGACUUUAACCAUUUUCCAAAGUUUUUUCCCACUCCACUUCAUGUUUCAGAGACAGAUUUAGGAUGGUUGGAAGUAGACAUCCAUGCCAUAUGAAGAUAAGAAUGAAAGAAAAGAAAAGUACCAAGCAAGAUCAGUUAGACUUCAGAAAGAUAUUUAAUUUAAUUAAUCAAUUAAAAAAAAAUUUGGCCAUGCCGUCUGACAUUUGCUAUCUUAGUUCCCCAAGCAGGGAUCCACAAAAAGAUAUUUUUAAGUUACACUCUUCAGCAUUACCCCAGGCUUUCCUUUUUUAGAGCUCUUUAAGGUGAGUAGGUUUUUGUCUGUGUAGUAAAGUACAGCCCUACUUGGCCUGGUUGGCAGUGGAAUUGCACAUUGUCAUUCUGUGGCAUUAACCUGGUAAGUAGUGAUAGCUCAGGACUAGAAAUGGACAAAAGGCUGUGAAGCCUAGCCUGAGAUAGAAUGGAGACAAAAAUAACACCUUCCCAGAUUUGGAGCAGGGAGACUUUUUAAAAAAUGAUUGGGAGGGAAGAAUGUGCCCAAGUGACUGCAUUGAUUUUUGCAAGGUUCAAGAAUGCUCUUCUCCCAGAGUGCUGCAUGCUUGCCUCACAGCAGAGGGCACUGCUGUAUUCUCUAAGGCAGCCACUGCAGCCUGCAGUCUCUACCCCUAGCUUCAACCUGCCUGUCCUGAGCCCUUGAGCUCAGAGCUCAGACAGGCUGGGGGAAAAUGGAGAGAAGAGCUGCUGCUUUAAUAGGUGGAGACAGCUGAGGGAAAGAUGCUGUUCUUUUGUCCCACUCCACAUACUUCCUCACAACAGGCAGGACCUUAGUCGCCUGACCAGGAAACUGCAUGAAGCACCUCCACUUCAAAGUGUGAGGAGGGGUCUCUGACUCACUGCCUACCCUAGUGGGUCAUUUCAUGUAAUUCUUCCCAGAAAGGGAGAAGCAAGCCCCUACCUGGGAAGAGACUGGUGCACAAGUAUUCACAUUUCAGUGAUCUUAAAUGGAAGUUCUGAGUUAUAAAACAUAAGUGAAAGUGAAGUCGCUCAGUCGUGCCCAACUCUUUGCGACCCCAUGGACUGUAGCCCACCAAGCUCCUCCGUCGUGGGAUUCUCCAGGCAAGAAUACUGGAGUGGGUUGCCAUUGCCUUCAGGACUUAAUCAGCUAUCUACUUUGUGGAAAAUUAUAUUUGCCUGAUAGGCUACAUUUUCCCAUAUAGUUUCUUGAAAUAUCUUCCCACUGUAUAGGUACCAUGUCACGUGAUUCAUGUUAUUUUCAGAAACAAUAAUAAUAGCAGCUAAUAACCUUUCAGUUGUUUAUUGCUUGCAAGUAAACAUUUACUCAUUUUAUAUAAAUAAACUAAUUUUCACAACAAUCCUGUGAGGCAAGUAAGUAGUCACUAUUAUACAUGUUUUACCAAUAAAGAAAUUGAGGAACAGAGAGACUGAGUAACUUGUUUAAAGUCCCACAGCUAAUGAAUGCCAGAGUUGAGAUAUGAACCCAGGCAGUAUGGCUCCAGAGUCUGUAAUGUUAAUGGACUUCGCUGUUACCAAAUCCUCAUCGAUGGAAGGAUGUGUCUUUCUAAAUUGGCAUUGUAUUAGGUGUUAAAUGUGUAAGUGCCUCAGUUAUAGGUUCUUGAGAAGUCAGGGCCAUAGGGUUGCUUCAGCUUAGGAACUGAAACUAAGGGCACAUACUAAGACCCCAAUCCAGAAACUUUUGCAUGAGGCUAUGAAGGGGUUAGCUCUGUGCUGGUGUCCUUAUACUGACUGAUAUUCAUUCAGCAUGAAGUCAAGUGAUAAAGAAUGGAAACCUUUUGGUCUGAAAACACUUCUGGUUGCAAUCUCAGCCCCAGUACCUAGCUGACCUUUGCUACAGAGAGGGAAGCAUUUCCCUUUCCUUACCAGUCAUAUAUAAAGUGAGAGGCAUGGAGGAUCUUCUUUCCUCAUUCAGUUCAGACAAAUGUGAGAGACUCACUAGUUUCUUUCUAGGGAUGUCAAUUCUAAGUACCACAAGCAUUCAAAUAUGUCACAGUUCCUGCCCUUAAGGUAGAAAUGACUCUCUUUGUUCCAUCCCUACAAGCACUCUGGCCCACUAGCAUAUUCAGCAAAAGGAGGAUCUAGCCUCCAACUCCAAAACUGUAGGUUGACUGGUAAGGGCUGGCUGAGUUCAUAGAAUAAUUAACUCCUGCAGUGAUAUUCCGUGUGUGCUAUGUGCCUGGCACUAAGCUAAACCCUUUACUCACUGUAUACUUGUUUAAUCCUCAAAACUGUUAUACAAAGUAAAUACGGCUAUUAAUUUUUCAGAUGAAGAAACUGAAGCACAAAAAUUAAGUGACAUGCCCAAGGUCACCCAGCAUGUGUUGAUAAUGUCAAUUGAAACCAGGUAGUCUGUAAAACUUGUUCUCUUAACUGUUUUUCACUGAACUGCUAACACCCUGGAUUAGCUAAGGAUAGCAGCAGGGCAGGAAUUAAAGCCCAACAGUGAGAGAGGGCUUGAUAGAAGGCAGAAAACCAAGAUUACAAAUGAAAGUGGAGUAAGAUACAGAGCUUUAAGCCCCAAUCAGUGGCUUGCAAAGCCCUCCCAGGGCAGUUUGUGUCUUAAUCAUUUUUGCACCUGGCAUAAAGCUGGGCUCAUAAUCAGCCUCAAAAGACAUUAUUGAAUUGAAUGAUGGUUGAGUAACAUCUUUGUAGAAAGGAUUGGCUCAUUUGUCAUUAUCCACAAGGUUCCCAACAGCAAUGCUGCUUAUCUAGCAGGUGUUGGCAGCCACAAAGGACAUGGUUGGUGGGGAGAGAGUAUGCUGGAGGAGCUGUCAAUAUUAGUCUUGGAGUCAUAUUUGUUUGCAGAGGCUUCCUCAACCCUCCACCAGCCUUGGUUACCGAUCCUCAUUAAAGGCCCGAUGAUGUCAAGCUCUUUACAACAGUGCCCAGACAGAAUUAUGCUCCAAGCAUCUCAUUUACUCUCAAACAGAGGCUGGUCUUUUAUAGGUGGCUUUGGAUAUUGCUUUCAGCCCAUCAAGUUGACCUUGUUCCUUUUGCUUUCCUGGUUCCUUUUGUGGGGAGAGCAUUGAGUAGACCCACUGAGUAGGCACCCUGAGCAAAUGCCUUUUUUAAGCCUACCCUCCUACCCCAAACCGAUUUGCCUUGGUUGCUGAAGGAGAGUGCAGAGUUGACACCCCUUGAUCACCUCCUACAUCCUUGUUGAUUCAUAGCACCCUUUCCUAGCAUCCCAAUCACCUGAUAUUGUUACAUUUUGCCUUGUAAAUCCCAUGUUGGAACUAUUGCCAGAGUGAAGCGGAGAGUGGGGGCUAUCAGCUCCCCAGCCACAAGUUUCCUAAUCUUACUGGAGGGAAGGACUUGGGAAAGGUACACAGAGGUAGGGUGGGACUGGUGCGGGUUGGGGGGAAUAGGCCCUGUAUAAAAGCUGAGUAGCCAGAUGCUCACUUUCACAGCUCUCCUGUAAGACUGGCAGGGCAGAUAUAGAUUAAAAUGAAGCACAAACUCCAUUUAAAGUACAUUACAGCCCAGGAAUCAGCUCCCCCUGGGCAGGAGAAGGGAGGAAAGGGCACAGGAGGCUACAUAAGUCUCUUUCCUUAUCUAGCACCACAUGUCUCUCUCCUAGCUUUGUGAAGGGUGAUUUACACCCUGGCUGGAAUGACUCUCUUUCUGAGCUGAUUACAUUGGCAAAUGCCCCCCAGAGGCCACAGCAGGAUGGCCAUAUUCAGAAGCAGCAGCCAAUAAAUCUCAGAGGUUUAUAUUGUACUUCUCAGUACCCUCCCUCCUGGCCCUCUGCCAGGUGGGCUGUGGAAGUAGGAGAGGGCUUGGUUGAGGAUUGGGGGAGAACACCCUUCAAUACCUUUCAUUACCAUCUUCCUUAAGUACUGUUUAGUUCUCAUUCUUACAAGCCAUUCUGCCUCUGUCUUUAUCCAGGGAGCAGGUGGGAACCAGCCCAGUAAAUUGAUCUAAUAAAUAACCCUUAUCUUUAUGGGUAGAAGUCCUGGGUUUCUCCUAGGUAUUUGCUCUUGGUAGAGUAGCUUGCUCUCCUAACCCUCCUCUGAAAAUGAUGAGGCUCCUAAAUGAUCUCUCCAACCAUCUUUCUCAGUGAUCUUUCAUCCAGGGAAAUCUCCGCAGUUUAGUCUGAGGGAGGUUUGAUCCUUCCAUUCUUUCUCAUGACACUGAAGGGGCUGAAUUUUGGAAGAGUCUAGUCUGGCAAAGGUCCUGGGAUCUGGCCCCAAGUCUGUCCCCAGCAAGGUCAUUUCACCUGUCUGCAGAAUCUUGGGGUUAAUAAUACAACGGAAUCUCACUCCUGAAGAUACUGAUGUGGGGAAAUGAUAUCAGAGAUGUGCAAAUUCUAAGGGGAAAAAAACCCCCAAAACUUGAAAUGCAAGUGCCCUCGUGCAUUUGUUACAAGAUUUCAUUUGGGGGGGGGGGGGUGGUUUCUUGGUGGUAGAGCGGAUUCCGGAAAGUGAGAUAGGAUGCUUUAAAAAAAAAAAUAUUUGGACCCCCGAGAUGGCGAGUUUCCAGUGGCAGCUCCUACAAUGACUCGGCGGCUCCGGGGCGCGUACCCUGGCUCGCCCCCACCCUCGCAGCCCUCUGGGUCUAGUAGGAGAGACUGCGUGGUGCGUCCGUCUGCUUUGGAGUUGGAGGGCGGCACCCGGGACCCUGGUGAGAGAGUGUCGGCGCCGCCCUCCCUGCGAGGAAGGGCGGGAGAAGUGGUGGGAGGUGCCGGUAGAGGAGCCCGGCUCACAGAGCUCCUGUGCUAGGAGAGGGUAACGCCGAGUCGGGGGCAGGCAGAGCACCCGACGUCGACAGCCAGCGCGCGCAUCCCACCAUGGCGCGUCCGCAGAACCCGCGACCUUUGCCGCCUGCGCUCCUGCUCCUGCUGCCGCUGCUGCUCCGAGCUGGGGACCACCUCCCCACAGAAGGCCGAUUCACAAACAGCUGUAUCCAGGCCAGGAGGAAGUGCCAGGCCGAUCCCACUUGCAAUGCUACCUACCACUACCUGAAUUCCUGUGCCUCAAGUAUAAGCACCUCAUCACCUGCAGAGGAGCCUUUGGUCCCUGAGGACUGCAUGGAAGCAGCACAGCAACUCAGGAAUAGCUCUCUGAUGAGCUGUACAUGCCAUCGGCGCAUGAAGAACCAAGCUACCUGCCUGGACAUCUACUGGACCAUUCAUCCUGCCCGUAGCCUUGGUGACUAUGAGCUGGAUGUCUCUCCCUAUGAAGACACAGUGACCAGAAAACCCUGGAAAAUGAAUCUCAGCAAACUGAACAUGCUCAUACCAGACUCGGACCUUUGCCUCAAGUUCGCCAUGCUGUGCACUCUUAAUGACAAGUGUGACCGGCUGCGCAAGGCGUACGGGGAGGCGUGCUCUGGGUCCCGCUGCCAGCGCCACACUUGCCAAAGGCAGCUGCGCACCUUCUUCGAGAAGGCCUCAGAGCCUCACUCGCAGGGCCUGCUGCUGUGCCCGUGCGCGCCCACCGAUCAGGGCUGCGGGCAGCGCCGGCGCAACACCAUCGCCCCCAGCUGCGCGCUGCCCUCGGAGGCCCCCAACUGCCUGGAGCUUCGGCACGUCUGCGUAUCCGACCCGCUGUGCAGAUCACGUCUGGCAGAUUUUCAGACCCACUGCCAUCCCAUGGACAUUCUAGGGACCUGUGCAACAGAGCAGUCCAGAUGUCUGCGGGCAUACAUGGGGCUGAUUGGGACUGCUUUGACUCCCAAUUUUGUCAGCAAUAUCAAUGCCAGUGUUGCCUUAAGCUGCACCUGCCGAGGCAGUGGCAAUCUGCAAGAGGAGUGUGAGCGGCUGGAAGAGUCCUUCUCCCACAACUCCUGCCUUAUGGAGGCCAUUUCAGCUAAGAUGCGUUUUCACAGCCAACUCUUCUCCCAGGACUGGGCAGCCUCUACCUUUUCGGUGAUGGAACGCCAGAACAAAAACCCUGCUCUGAGGCCACAGCCUUGGGUGCCCACUCUUUUCUCCUGUACUCUUACCUUGAUUCUGCUCUCGAGUCUCUGGUAGCUGGACUUCCUCAGGGGCCCUCUUCCCUUCUACCACACCAGCUGACCUGCUGCCUGCAAUGGGUGAGGAAGGGACAGCAUCGGGAAGGAGGUUCAGUCUACCACGUGGCAACCCUGACAUAUGUCCAGUCAACUCCAGAUGAGGUCAUGGCAGAAGCUGACUAGCCGAGUUCUCAUGCCCUUUACUUCUUUUUUUGUUUUGUUGUUUUUGUUUGGCCAUACCACACGGCUUGUGGGAUUUUCAUUUCCUGACCAGGGAUUGAACCUAGACCCUCCCAGUGAGCACUCAGAGUCCUAACCACUGGACUGCCAAGGUCAUUCCCUUCACUUCUUCUUGGGCUGCGCCUUCUUAGGACUUCAGCAUAUCAUCUGGUGGUAUCCAGCUCUCCCAGGUUCUCGCCUUAUUUCUUUCUCCUGCCCACCCAUGAUCACUCAGGCUCUAACAAAUCAGUCACACUCUGCUGCAUUCUCCAGGUAGGCAGACUUGGGUGUUCUGAAGUGACCUGGAAAGACAUUCCUCAUGGUGAGGAAAGCUGGAGGAAGACUCCUAUCUAUCCCUUGUUUUCUCCUCUGAGUGGGGGAUGGGAACCUACUGCCAGCCCUGCCCCAGGAUCCUACACAACACUUGAGCAUCAGGAGCUGGAGCAUUUGGGCCUUGCUUUCUUCCUGCUACUGUCCUAGAGUCCCCUUAGCCUCUUGGAUUAUGAUUAAACAUUUUGAUUUAAAACUUU